AUGCUAACCAAUUUUCUUAUAGAAACACCACAAAAUAUAAAUAAUCCCAUACAAGAAAGUAUACGUCGACGAAUACCAAACGGUGCAUUUCGAGUUGUAUCCGUUACAGCAUUAAUAUUCCCUUGUCAUAUAACAGCUACACGAACGGAUUUUCCGAGAAGUGAUGAUACGAGUACACCAUAUAUGAGAACAUUUUUAAAUGGUCUAACUACGGAUGAAUGA